AUGAGUGAUGGGUCUCCGUUGACAUCUGAUGGCGAAAUUGACAUUCAGCCACUGAUAACAAAACUAGCUCAUUCUGUCGAAGAAAUACGUGUGCGUGCUCUUCAAAAUAUCGUAUUCAAACUUGACCAUGAUCUACUUUGUGUUGGCGAUGUUGUUCACAAGAAGGAACUGUUUGUAAAGCUGUUAGAAUGGUUUAAUUUCGAGCCUUGUUCACAGCAAAAAAACGUCCUCCAAUUGCUGGAAAAGUUAUCAAAGCACAGUUCAGGCUUGGAUACCUUGGUCAGCCUUGGAGCCAUCGAUUUCUUGUCUCAAUUACGUCGUGACAUAGAUCCAUCAUUGUAUCAAUAUAUUGACAAUGUCCUAACAAGCCUUCUUAGUCUACCUGAGGUUGUUGAGUUUGAGGAAGAACCACUACAUUAUGGGCGUGGCAUGGAGGCUGUUUCUUCCCAACCCAGUGAGGAACCAAUUAGAGCUGAUCCCUCGCAAGAGGUGGAAGAAAGAAAACCCAUACAAGAGAAACCUGCAUCACCAGUUGAUGACAAUCAAAUAAAUCCUGCAGGACAUAGAUAUGAAGCAGCAGUUGAGGAUCACAGGACCCAAGCUGACUGGCAUUUUCCAUGGAUCCAACUAGCGGAUAGUGAUCGUCACGUCUUGGCGACCACAAACACGCGACUUCAGAGCAAUAACUCAAUCCUCGCAAAGAAAUCGUGCGAAUUUCUGAGCGACGUGUUGUUCAAAGAUUUUCCUGCAGAGAUAUUCUUACAGCGACCAAGCAUCGUCCAGACUCUAUACAAUCUGUUAGAAGUCCAAUCGUCAGAGUAUCAGAAUCUUCGUAUGUCUGCGGUAACUUGUCUAUCCACACUCUGCAUCCACUUAAAGCAUCGUUAUCUCCUCAUGACUGAUCCCCAGUGGUACAGUCUUCAUCCAGGCGAUAGAUCGAGCGAAUCGUUGAAUCGAGCUGGGAGCGUUGAAUCCGCGUAUGAUGAUGAAGAAUCUGACGGUCUCGUUCGGGAAGCUUUGGAAUUAAACCAAAUGUCUAUGGAUGAAUUUUGUUUAAAAGUGUUGCGAGGAUGUUUCUCGUUGUUGUGCGAUGUUGCUGACCCGCUGGUAUUGUUGGGAGCCGUGAAAGAGGCUUUGAACUUGCUCGAAGUUUGUUAUCCACAAAAACAAUGGUGGCAUCGUCAUAAAAUGAAACCAUUACGCCAGAAGCUGUGUUGUUUUGUUGGAAAAACGAUCAACCAUCACAUGUUGAAAUGUGGUCUUCAAGCUUCGGAAAGCAUCGUGAAACAUAAUAUUCCCCGUCACGCGAUAACAGUCGUUAAUAUAGCACUGUGGUUGAUAGAAUUUUAUGGUCCUAUGAUAAGUUCUGAUCUGAAUGAUGGAAGUUCCGAUGAAGAUCUUGUCAAGGCAUUUCGAGCCUUGAUCACCAACGAAAUCCUCUCCACGGCGCUGCCCUGGAUCAGAACAAGCUUGGAACGUUGUCCUGUUUUGAAAAAUGAUGCGGACUUUAUGGAGGUGUAUGACAGGGUGAUUAGAGUCAAAGAUUCGAUGGUCGCCUCUGUUGAUUUUCUUAAACAAAUUCGAACAAAGCUUGAUAUUUUGAAGUUGGAUUCAUGUUUACUGGGGUUGCCCUAUCACCGUAACCAGCGGCUUAUAUUCCAUGCGGUUAAGUUGAUCAGUAACGUCCAUCAACGGCCAUCAAACCAUGGCGAAACAAAGGUUUUAUCAAAGAAUAUUCUUCUAUCCAUGUUAUCGUGUGUUGACGUCGUUGCCAGACGAGAGACGUACAAAUGUUGCUGCGAGGUUCUGAAGCAAGCGUUGAAACACAGCCAUGUCACUAACCCUUUGUCAAAGCAUUGCAGCCGAGCGUUGUUUAUGAUAGAUUGUGACGUUAUCUUCAUUCUGAGUGCUUAUGGUUUGGCAGACACCGACCCGGAGAUUUCACAAACAGCCUCAACUAUCAUCGGGACACUCCUGGAUGGCAGACUAAAUAUGGGCGCUAAAAUGUGGAGAAAACUACUAGAUGAUCUUGUGACCUCCCUUUCUUUUCUUCAAAUGUACUUGGACAAGCGAACCAAACUAGGGUCGUGCCUGCUGGGGUUGUUAGCCCCACCGGGUGAAUCGCCCUGUUCCCUAACUGCCGACGGGGAUAUCGUCCCGUUUUCGGAGUUCGAACGCCUCAGAGGUUGGUUACGCUGCAUGCUGCUGAAGGACAAAGCACUACGCGCAAAAAGUUAUGGUCAUCUAAUUCACCGUCUAGUCCAGCAAGAUUUGAAGGAGAAACGCGAGAUGGUUUAUCCGAGCGGAGGCCUGGAGAAUAGUUGUGAUCUUUUUAUCGUCGAGAGAUUCGCGUCGUCGGCUCGUUCACAUCGCUCAAACAAACACGCGAACUUUGACGAGGAAAGGAUCAGCAAGUUGUUUGAUAUUUUAACUAUGGAAACGAACGAGCUUUCGUUGAGAAAAUCGUCAGCGGAACAGUUAGCUGUGUUGCUGCAAGAUCCUUCCUGGCACAACGUAUUACUGGAAGAGAAUGCUGAUGAACUCGUGGUAAAGAUUCUUCAUGAAUCGUUGUAUAAAGAUGGAAAAGCGCACAUAAGUCCCAUUGUUAAUCCUAAACUUGAACUCGUCUCACCGUGUUUGAAAAUCCUGCGCAUGCUCGCGGAAUAUAGCGUCCGAUGUCGUCAUAAGUUGGCCAAGAAUUCCUCUGUGUACGAUAUGUUAUCCCGUCAUGCACUGCUCGCCCCUGCCGGGGGCACGGUGAGGUACGAGGUGUCGUGUUUGAUGACGUUGCUCUUGUUUGAUGAAGUGGCACGAAUUCCUUUGGAAGACGAGCGACGGGAAAAAGGAGAAGAUAUCAUGUUUGCUUUACCAGCCUUGGUUAUGAAAAGGUAUACCCUGCCAUUUAAUCCUCCGAUUUAUGAAAUGUACAAUCCUUAUCAAAGAGAGAAACAGACCGAGUGUGAUCCCUUGAGGACUGAACCGAUGUUGUCGAUGUUGAGAGUGGCCUGGAAUCUAGCUUGGCGAGAGAGCCCGGAUGACAUACCGGAAGUGACGACAGAAAAUUCGGACGGCGUGACUGAAGAAUUGGUGUGGACGACUCUAGACUCGCAAUUGCUGAAGAGCUGUUCUCCCAAAGUAGCCGUGACUGAAGUAAUCAACUCAAUCAUCAAUGCGACCUCUCAUUACGCUGUGAGGUUGUCAGUACACAGGCUCUCGAUGCAAUUUCUGGCAGACCGCCGAGCGAAAUCUCGGGAAAUAAAUGAAAAACGACCGAGUACGAAUCUUGCUCGAGAGGUGUUUCUCUCUUGUGAUUGGAGAACUGCCUUUGAGAGAUACUUCGUGGUGUUUCCGAAGAGUGCCGACGAUGAUCAACUCCUAGGCGAUGUUCUCAAGAUGUUCUGUCACUUGAUCACAGACUCGUAUUCAGUCCUUCCUGAGGGUUUCCUUGGAUGGUUGGCUCACGUGAUCAUGACGCCGGAUAGCGUGAUUGCGUCAUUGCUGCGUGUCCGAGAGGAGCCUGGAGAUGGUACCCAGUCCGAAUCAAAGAGAUUGCUUCUGAAAGACUUACUGGAGUUCCUUGCCAUAUUUCUUCGACGGCUGCGGAAUGUAAGCAAGCCCUGGUUAUGGUCGGGCGAGAUGAUCUAUGCGGGUGACUUUACCCUCAGCCUGACUAUGAAUCUCAACCUGACGGACAGUCCUCAGUAUUAUGAUCUACCAGUGCUGGAGAGUACCUUGCAGUGUUUGGUCGAGAUCACAGCAAUACCUGGCUUUAGUAACGCAUCAAAAUUGGUCGAACCGCAGGAGCUGUGUACGAAUAUCUUAGCAAGCUUACUUCAGGUGCUCACAGCUUUCAAUGCUGGACGUCUUGGUGCUUUGACGUCAUUCAUGGGUCGUGGAGUUACGAUGUCAGUCAGCUUAUGCCUGACCCAUCUCGUCCAUGAAAUAUCUUCUGUGUUAAAAAUAAAGGACUGGCCUUCGGUCUUCCCGCCAAUCGCUGACAGCGACAACAACGCUGACUUUCCUUGGCUUUCCACGAUGUGGACUGAUCAUUUAGCUGAAGUUCGAUGGUGUGGUUUGUCCAUCGCCACUCACAUCCUGCAACAGACUGGAUCACCGCUCAGCGUGAAACAGAACUUUGCUGGUGGUUUAUGGAACCUGGCUGUCACUAUUCUUAUGGAUGGUAGAGAAUGCUGCUUAGUCAGAGAUCAGGCUGCCAAACUAUUUUCAACACUUCUCGUUUGCAUGAGGAAGGACAGAGGAACACCGAACGUAGAAACUGGACUCAUGGUUCAAAGUGAUGAAGAGAUAAUCAACGGUAUUCCUGCGCUGCACUUGCUCCUUUCCCAUCACAAAUUCUACUCAAGUUUCCAGCAGAUGUUACAUAACCUCGUCAUACAGAACACGCCUCGUUUACCGGGAACUGUGACCUUUGCGGAGAGCCUAAGUACCAGUAGCACACGUUCCAAAUAUGGUAUUCCAUACCAGUCUCUUGACACUGACAGUCAGCGCAGUAGUGGUCGAGCAUCAACGGAAACGACAACGCUGAUAUCAUCAAGUUCCACUGGAGAUUCCGGCAAACGGUUACUUCGGAAUUCGCCGGAGACAUUGAGUACUUCUACAAGUACCGGAGAAUCGACUCGUGCAUCGUCGACAAUACCGUUACUAACGGGGAGUAGGGUGGUGUCGACGAGCACAGGGAAUGGAAACCAAUUCUCCACCUCACCUGAAACCGUGGAGUCCCUUGAGAUUCUCGCGUGGGCAACCCCGCGCUUCGUGGCCUCGCUGAGUGACGUGGUAACUAACUUGGUCCAGGUUUCCCCCGAGACUGUUUUAGACAAAGUUAAAAACGAAGACGUGUUGAGUUUUUUUGUCAGGCAUCUUGACAACAAAUACGCGCUUUCAUUAAUAUCCCAACUUGGGGCUGUGACGUCGCUGGAAGAUGCUGACGUCAAUAUGACGUCACAACAACGUCAUCUUGAGAUGAACCUGGUGGAUAUACUAGAGAUGUACAAAAAGAUUUGUGUUUUGUUGGUCACCUGUGCCUCAAAGGACCCGCAUAUUUUGCAUGCUUUACAACAGAACACUACAGUUUUAGAAAGAAUCGUUCUCCUGCUUCGUGUGAACUGCUCAACGUUGGCCUGUUCGGUUCAAAAAUCUUGCCAUCGAAUGUGGGAUAGUGUCGUGAUUGUGUUCAUAUCGUUGAUAAAAACAGUUAAAGGAAACCAUCUUUUGGAAACAACUUUGGAGGGAAUGAUGUUGAAAUACUGGAAAAUAUUUGGAGUUGCCUUCAGACAUGUCAUGCUCACGGACGAGUUAAAAAUACAAAGCAGCUUCCUACAUCUGUUAUCACACUUGCUACUCCGUGAAGGCAAGCGUAUGGUCUCAGGAAAUGACGCUGAUCUGAAGCUCACUCGAUUACUGGACGGUGAUAACACGCAAGACGGCGGCGGCGCGGGAAAAGCAGAUGAUGUAACUGUUGUUCCGAGUCAAACUUCUGAGGAGAGAAACGAAUUCGGCGACGAUGGAGCUGAACUUUGUCGUAUCCUGCUCCUGGCGUACGAGGAUGAUGAUGAUGAUAAACAGACGAAGGAAGGAAUUGAGGAAAGAAAAUUUGUUGUUUUGGCACUUCGACAUUUGUUAUGUAUCAGUUAUAAAGCAAAAGAGACCGCAAUAGAAGAUGGGUUUCUCACAAAAAGUCUGGAAAAGAUCAAACAAAAACAUUAUCAACUAAACAUGGAAACUUUAGAAGUGGGAAAAACUUCAGGACCGCGAAAAAAGGAAAUGGAACACCUCAACGAAAUAGUUCGUGUCUUGGAAACCUUAAAGAAUCUCGUUUUCAGAUCAAACUAUGCGAAGCUGAAGGCGAUCGACGCAGGUGUGAUAUCAGUUCUUCAAGAGCUAUGGUCCUGGUGUACCGUCGUGAAAACCCUUUGCUUACCCGUUCUUGACCUCCUGUGUACUCUGACUGCGCGUUGCUCACAAGCUUCUGUUGCCAUGUCAAAUACAUCCAGUGGUGUUGGAUCCUCGGUUCGUUUAGGUCCGUCUAACAACACCUUCGUUCAUUGCGUCAUAAAAAUGGCCUCCAAAUAUGGCUCGAAACUCUUGAACAAUUCCAGCGGACAUGGGAACCAGGCCUCUUGUCAAAUUCUAUUCUCGCUGUUAAAGAAUAUGGCGAUGACGUCAGAAUGCCGGGGGAUUAUGUGGAAGAGUAACUUCAUCGUGGAAUUUUCGCGCCUGAAAUCGCUCAGUCGCCAAAAGUGGAAGUCAGGGCAAAAAACCAUAAUCAGUUUAUGGUUGGAACUACUGGCAAAUAUCUCCUUCCAUCGUGAUGGGCAGCAGAUGAUUGUUAAGAUCGAGAACUUCACUCCUUUACUGCUCGAGUUUUGUAGUUCCAGCAAUAAGAAAAUAAAUGAAGUCGCAAUGCUGCUUUUGAGGAAUUUAUGCUUUCAUGUUCCCAGCAAAACAUUGCUUCUCUCAAACAAUGAUAUAUUGGAAAUAAUUUUAAAGAACGUCGAUAAGUCUUCCGUCUACAUGAGAGCAAUAUCGACCUCCGCACUCUGGGCAUUACUUACCAAUAAUCAAAAGGCUAAGAGUAUUCUUGUUAAACCUGCUUUGGUUAUAAAAAGAUUGUCAGACUCUAAACUGUCUCUCAAACAAACGGCGACAGAAGGAUCUGGUGUUAAUUUGAGGGAAGAAAAACACAGAGAACAGUACGAACAAGCUGUUGAAAACAUUUUAAAAAUAUUAGGCUCAUAAAUACUUAUAUAUUCUGGACAGGUAAUUGUGAAAAAAACA